AUGACCUUGAGUAUGAGAAAGAAUUUGCUAACAAUUUUUCUGGUCUGCCUUCUCGCCGAAGCCUUACCAAAAUCAGUUGUGGGUCAGAAUUGUGGCUGUGCUGCGGACCUAUGUUGUAGCCAGUAUGGUUAUUGUGGUAGCGGCAAUGAAUACUGUGGCCCAGGGUGCCAGGCAGGCCCUUGUUUCUCACCACCAAGCAGUAACGGUGGUUCAGUUGCAGAUAUUGUGACAGACGCAUUCUUCAAUGGGAUUGCUGAUCAAGCUGGCGCCGGUUGCGCCGGGAAGGGGUUUUAUACCCGAGCUGCAUUUCUUGAAGCCCUCAGUUUAUAUUCUCAAUUUGGUAGUGUGGGUUCUGCUGAUGAUUCUAAGCGGGAGAUUGCCGCUUUCUUUGCUCAUGCAACUCAUGAGACUGGCCGUAAGAUUUCAUGAUCUUUUUUUCUCUACCAUAGCAUUGCUACACAUUCAUACACAUUGAACAUUCAAGUAUAUUUUGCAUUUAGAUCCUUCUAAGAGCAUCAAAUCGUAAAUUUGUGAAAAUUGUCGGGUUAGUGAUAGGCUAGGAGGAAUUAUAAUAAUUGCUCUAAAAAUUGAGAAAACUUGUCUAAAAUUGGCGGUUGACUUGUCUCCUCCCUCAGAGCCGGUCUCCGGUUAGGUUUCUCCUGAUGUCCCCAAGCGCUGCGCACACGAGAGAAUUAAAGGGCUAAAGUCGCAAGAAAAAUGUUCACAUGUAUUCUUUUGUAUAUGUUCAUUAAAAUAUUUCAAAAGACAUU